UCUGCUCUCAUACAUGACUGAUGCUCUCUCUGCCAGCUCUGUUUGUUGUUUAUGAGACUUUUGGACCUUCUGAGUCAUUUCUACAUAUAAACUGUUGGGCACUUUUAAAGUGUGCACCUCUAAAUAACCAGAGACAUGAAUUUUGAUGAUAUCCUGUGUCUCAUCGGGGGCUUUGGGAGGUUCCAGAAGCUCCUGUAUGUGUGGAUCUGUCUACCUCAGAUAUUCCUGGCAUUCCACAUGUUCGUCUCUAUAUUCACUGGGGCUGUUCCUCCACACUUGUGCCGCCCCACCUUGACCUCAGCUGGGGCUCCAGCCUCGACCAACUUUAACCUGUCCACCUCUGACGGCUGGACUCAGCUGUCCUGCGCUGCCCCCUUGAACCACAGUGGCCUUGGAAAUGGACUCCCUGUUGGAAGCUGCCAGGGGGGCUGGGAGUACAGCACCGAGACCUUCCAGAGCACCAUAGUGACUGAGUGGGACCUGGUUUGUGAUGAUGCCAAACUGAACAACCUGGGCUCUUCCUUCUACAUGUCCGGCCUGCUGGUGGGAGCACUGGUGUUUGGAUACUUGGCUGAUAAGUACGGCCGCAGAAACAUCAUCCUCAUUAACCUCGCCAUCCAGGCCAUUUUUGGCGUUGGAGCUGCUUUCGCCCCUAAUUUCUACAUCUACACGGCUCUUCGUUUCAUCGUUGGAACAUCUAUCUCUGGCAUCAUCAUGAGCGCCUUCGUCCUGGGCACAGAGUGGACCGGAUCCAAGCAGCGCAUGCUGGCAGGAAUAAUCACAGACUACUCCUUCGGUGCUGGCUACAUUCUGCUGGCUGGCGUGGCAUACCUCAUCAGAGACUGGCGUAAACUGCAGUUAGCUAUUUCAGCGCCUGGUUUCCUCUUCAUCUUCUACAUCUGGGUGUUGCCAAAGUCAGCUCGCUGGUUAAUGGCCAACAACAGGAAAGAGGAAGCGUGGGAGCUGAUCCGGAAAGCCGCUAAGAUGAACGGGAAACCUCUAACCAAAGAUCUAGAGAUGUGUCAGGUCUAUAAAACUGAAGAGAAGACGAAGGUAAAGAGAAAACACUCAAUCAUUGACCUUGUCCGGACCCCAAAGAUGAGGAAGCAGUCAUUAAUAGUGUUUUAUCUCUGGUUCGCCAAUGUGCUGGUGUACUACGGCCUGUCCCUCAACAUCUCUGACUUCCAAAUGAACAUCUAUCUGACCCAGAUGAUCUUCGGCCUGGUGGAGAUGCCAGCUCGCACCAUCACUCUGUUCACACUCAACCGCUCCCGCAAGAUCUCCCAGCUGGCCUUCCUGGCGGUGGGCGGCACGGCCUGCCUGCUCACCAUCUUCAUCCCCAGUGACUUGUCCGUCAUUAAAACGGUGCUGGCCAUGAUUGGGAAGUUUGGGAUCACAGCUUCUCUCUCCAUCAUUUAUGUCUACUCAGCUGAGGUGUUCCCCACUGUCAUCAGGCAGAACGGGAUCGGGAUCGGCUCCAUGUGCGCUCGGACCGGAGGAGUCCUGGCCCCCCUGUUGUACUUCCUGAAGGGCAUCACUCCUCAAGCUCCCAUGUUCCUUUGCGGCAUCUGCCCUCUGCUGGGCUCCGCCCUCACCCUGAUGCUGCCUGAGACGGCCAACAAGCCUCUGCCAGACACCAUCGAGGACGUAGAGGGCCCCGACCUCAGUGAGGAGGAUGGUGAUGUGAAGACGGUCGUCCCUGACUCUACUGUAAAGAAAACGGACGCCGUCUACAUCAGGACGGACUGA